UCCUUCCUUCCCUUGUGGCCCUGGGCCUGGCAUCGCCCAUCUCCCUUGGAGGCCCAGGAAGGCCAGCUCUGCCUGCAAGCCUUGCUCAGCGCCAGGGACGAAGGCGGGGAAGAGCAGCGCGGGGACGAGCGCCUCGCCAGCCGCAAAUUGCAGGUAAUUGGAAAAACAACUUCCUCAGCAUGAAUUUUUUCCUGGAAACACUGAGAUUCAUUGUCCUCUAUAUAUAUUUCUCACUGGAGGCUGUCGUUUUAUUAUUUAUCCCUGUCCGUAAAAAGAAUGUUGUUGGUGAGAUAGUGCUUAUAACUGGAGCUGGCAGUGGAAUCGGGAGGCUUAUGGCUUUAAAAUUUGCUCGCCUUGGAGCCACUUUGGUUCUCUGGGAUAUCAACCUGGAAGGGAACAAAGAGACUGCCAGGCUGGCAAGAAAAAACGGAGCUUCUAGAGUACAUGAUUACAUUUGUGACUGCAGCAAAAGGCAAGAGAUCUACCGAACAGCAGAUCAGGUGAAAAGGGAAGUUGGUGAUGUUAGUAUCCUGAUUAACAAUGCCGGCGUUGUAACAGGGAAGAAAUUCUUGGAUUCUCCAGACUUGCUGAUAGAGAAAACCAUUGAAGUGAACAUCAUGGCACACUUCUGGACUGUGAAGGCCUUUCUUCCAGCAAUGAUAGCCACUAAUCAUGGACACAUCGUGACUAUUGCAAGCUCAGCUGGGUUAAUUGGCGUCACUGGACUAGCAGAUUACUGUGCAAGUAAGUUUGCAGCAGUCGGCUUCGCUGAAUCUCUGGCUGUAGAAAUGUUGACAAUGGGAAAGACUGGUAUUAAAUCUACAAUUGUCUGCCCAUAUUUUAUUAACACUGGAAUGUUUGAUGGCUGUCAAACAAAGUGGCCACGUGUCCUGCCCAUUCUAGAUGCAGAGUAUGCAGCUGAAAAAAUAGUCUCUGGUGUGCUGCGGGAUCAGGUGUAUGUCUAUAUUCCACGGAGCAUAUACAUUUUCAGUGCACUUAAAAGUAUACUGUCAGCGAAAAUGUUUUUUCUUGCCGGAGAAUAUGUGGGAUCUUUCCAUUUUAUGGAUAAGUUCAGAGGACGGACAAAGACAACUGAUAAAGAACAUCAGAAAGCAACAAUAAAAACUCCAAGUUCACAUGACUCAGUUGUGUACAGUAAAGCAGAUGUAUAGAAUUUCUAUAUUAUUUUCUGACUACUGAGAACAUACAGUUUAUGUCUGAAACAUCAACACUAGAUACUACUAUUUGCAAGAAAUAAAAUCCAGUUUUAACCCAAGUUGGUCGUAUAUGAAUAUAAUUAUACUACAUAUAUUUUAAUUACUGCAAUGUCUUUUUAUUUAUAGAUUGAUGCUUUAUCAGACUUGUAUCACUUUUGGAUAUAACAUUCAAAUAUCAAAAAUGUUAUUGUAUUUCUAAUUUCACCUUUUAUAAAUAAAAAUGCUAAACAGUGGCAAUAAUGAAUAUAAA